AUGCCCGCCUUCCACCCGUCACCAAACUUAUCUCACCCCUUCACCACCGCCCUGCCAGUGACCAAUUACACCACCACCCAGACCAACUCCACCCUCAACCCAGCCGCCGCCGCCGCUGCCAACUUAGUCAACGACCUUCUCAACAAGAUCCCCCUGCCUCGAUGGGCGAUCUACACCAUCUUUGCGGCCGGCGCUCUGCUGAUUCUGCUCUGCUGUCUGUGUAUCUGCAUCAAGUGCUGCUGCAAAGGGAAAAAGAAGAGGAGGCAGAAGAAGAACGAGAGGAUCAACCUGAAAGGACUGGACGGGAAAACCACCUCAGCUCUGGUUCAGCCUGAUGUGGCGGACAUCGGCUACGGUUCGACCAAACAGCGGAGAGGAAAGCUGCUCUACUCUCUGGACUACAACGCCGCUGAGUCCGUGCUCACGGUGGGGAUCAAAAAAGCCGACGGCCUGAAGGCCAUGGACCUGGGAGGAAGCUCGGACCCGUACGCCAAAGUCUACACCUGCCCCGACAAAGCCAAAACCUUUGAGACCAAAGUGUUCAGAAGCACUCUGAACCCCGUCUUCAACGAGCAGUUCACCUUCCAGAUAUCCAAGGCAGCCCUUCUUAAAUCGACAGCGGUGAUGCAGAUUUUUGACUUCAACAGAUUCACCAAACACAACAUCAUGGGUGAGCUCAGGGUGGAGCUCUGCAACGUGGACUGGAACCACGUCAUCGAGGAGUGGAAGGACCUCGGCGACCCCGCCAAGUUUGAGGAUGAAAACCUGGGUGAGAUCUGCUUCACUCUGCGUUACGUUCCCACCGCCUCCAAACUGACCGUGGUCGUGCUGGAGGCCAAAAACCUGAAGAGCAUGGACACCGGAGGAUCCUCAGUUACAGACUCUUAUACUCCUCAGAAAAAUCCUUAUGUGAAGGUGCAGUUGGCUCUGGACAAAAGAAAGUGGAAGAAAAAGAAGACGUCUAUUAAAAAGAAGACGCUGAACCCUUAUUACAACGAGUCCUUCACCUUCGACGUGACGUUUGAACAAAUCCAGAGGGUGAACCUGGUGAUCUCCGUGUGGGACCAUGACGCCAUGACCCGGAACGACGCCAUGGGGAAGAUCUUCCUGGGCUGCGACGCCUCGGGGAACCAGCUGAGGCACUGGGCCGACAUGUUGUCCAACCCGCGGCGGCCGGUGGCCCAGUGGCACAACCUGCUGUCGGCCGAGCAGGUCAACUCCACCCUGACCCUGAAGAGGAAGAUACCCCUCAAAAAUAAACUGCCCUUCUGA